CCCAAACAGAAGCGUUGUUGACAUUUUCGUGACGUCGUUGACGUAUUAAUGUGUUUUUCCAGCAUUUCCCAGAAUUUCCACCACCGCAUCGUCUAAAUCGCCGCAAACACCCCUUUCAGAUGUGACUGUUCACCCCUCACCCAUAUGCACUCGUCCGAACUCACCACCACCCUGUCCAGAUUUUGGAGGUAAACUGAUGGCUCGCUUCUAACCAUGUCCAGCACCCCCCAAAACGGCAAAGUGCGAGGCCCCGGGCGCCCCCCGAAGAAAACCGUCUCGUGCACAUGGUGCAACGAAGGCAAACUACCCCUCAAAUACGUGCUCCCUACCACAAACGGCAAGAAAGAGUUCUGCUCGGAGACAUGUCUCGCGGAGUUCCGCAAGGCGUACGUGAAGGGCGCGUGCCUGCAGUGCGACAAUGUGAUCAGGGGCACGAACAACCCCUCGAAGGACUUCUGCUCGACGUACUGCAUGAACAGGUAUCAGAAGAAGACCGAGUUGCAGAACCGGGUCGCGGCCAUAGCCCCCACGACGCCGCUGGAAGCGUCGCCGGGGCCCUUCCAGUACGAGACAUAUCAGCCCUUCGACUGGGACGAGUACCUCAAGGAGACGAAUUCAGUGCCGGCGCCGGCGAACUGCUUCAAACAAGCGAUCGAGCCGCCGAAGAACGAGUUUAAGGUGUCGAUGAAGCUGGAGGCGCUCGACCCCCGGAAUGUGACGAGUACGUGUAUCGCGACGGUUAUUACGGUGCUGGGGUCGAGGCUGCGGCUGAGGCUGGACGGUAGUGAUAAUAAGAAUGAUUUUUGGAGGUUGGUCGAUUCGAGGGAGAUUAACCCAGUGGGACACUGCGAGAAGUCGGGAGGGAUGCUGCAGCCGCCGUUAGGUUUUCGGAUGAACGCCAGCUCCUGGCCGAUGUUCCUCACCAAGACCCUGAACGGCGCCCUCAUGGCGCCGGCCAACAUCUUCCAGAAGGAGCCCCCGAGCCCCAAGUGCAACUUGUUCCAAGUGGGCCAGAAGCUCGAGGCCGUCGACAAAAAGAACCCCCAGCUGAUCUGCUGCGCGACCGUGGGGGCGGUCAAGAACGACCAAAUCCACGUCACGUUCGACGGCUGGCGAGGCGCCUUCGACUACUGGUGCAAGUACGACAGCAGGGACAUCUUCCCCGUGGGGUGGUGCGCCAAAUCGGGGCACCCGAUGCAGCCCCCGGGCCAAAAAAACAACACCGGCCACAGUCGGUACAAAUUCAAGCCGGCGCUGACGGCGCCGGUGCCCCCGCCCCCCAUCACGUCCACGGUGGCGGAAGCGCCGGAGGCGGACACCUCGGCGCCGCCGCCGCCACCCAUCACGAUACAAAUCAGGAAGAGCUGCUCCGGUGGCCCCCUUAUCGACUCGACACAACUGCCACCCACGAUCGAAGAAACGACCCCAAAGUCGCUCGCGAAGAGUCUAAUAAGCAAGAUAUUGAGCGCCUCGCACAAAUCGGAGACGAUUUUGGCCCGUUUGGGGGCCCUCCGGGGCGAGGAAAUGGUGAUAACGCAUAUGGGUACCACCUACACAAUCAAAUUACCUCAGCUUGCGAAGUCCGCUGACUUGGAAAACGUCUUCACAGCGUUGGCGUCGGCGCUGGAGUGUUGCCAUAACAUGUUUUCUUUGGAUAGCGUUAAAAAAGAUUGUUCGAACUGUGAUCUAAAGCCGACCCCUGCGAAGCGGAAGCCGCCUCCGGAGCAAGAAGCAGCGACGUCGACGACACCUGGUGAUACUUCGCACCUUUCGGAAUCUCCCUUAGCUAGUCGGAAUAAAAUCCCUACGAACGAAUGGGGGAUCGAAGAGGUUAUACAGUUUAUAGAGUCGAAGGAUGCGAGUCUGGGGGCGUACGCGGACCUUUUUAGGACACAUGAGAUUGACGGUAAGGCGCUGCUGCUUCUCAAUCUCGAAAUGAUGAUGAAACACAUGGAUCUGAAGUUAGGGCCCGCCUUGAAGAUAUGCAAGUUCGUGUCGGAGCUCAAGGACGAACCGAAAGGGAGGCGGUACAAUUUUCAGGGGAGAUAAGUCGUGGGAUUUUACAGAAGUUUAUAUUUUGUUUUAGUGUAUAGAUUUUUCCUAAUGUUUGUGAUACGUUCAAGUCUCUUAUGUUAUUACUGCGAAAAUUUAAUUGGCAUUACGAUUAAGUUGACUUUAAACAUGUACAUUAUAGGUUAGGUCUGCAAAGUUAAAUUUUCCAGUAUUCGGCAGAGUUGGAGCUUUUGUAUUCAUAGAAAAUAAAAUAUUUAAUUUUAUAUUUGAUUCAUUUUGUAAAAAUGAAUAUGUUUUCAAAUACACAUUUUAGUUUAGGAUUUUAUCAUGUUUUGGCAAGUACACUGUCGUGUUUGCGCCGAUUAGGUUUUUAAGUGUUGAGAUUGUUUAAAUUUAAUUCUGUAACAGUGAUUUAAAUAAAGAGUUUCAAAUCACUCGUAAAA